UUGACACAUAAUUUUCUCAUAUUGCACAUACAUAAAUCCGACCUGAAUUAUGUUUGUAUUUCAAUAUUUGAUCAGAGAAUCAAAUGUUUAAUUAUAGGCAAUCUCAAUUUUCUUAGACGAUAUCCCAGUAUUUGUAGUAGAGUCUCCAACAUAUGUUCGACACCAGAGGUUGAUCAUGAUUUCUGUAUGAUUCAGUCGUAUGCCAGGUGUAAGACACGUAACACCGACCCCUGUGCAUCAUGAAUUCUCUUUAAUUUUUUAUCUUUCGGUUUCUUCCCUGCCUCGUCGCGAUUAGAGACAGUGAAACAUGAAUUCUACGAAGUGGAAUCUUGUCUCGAUGGUGAUACUUUCAUUGAUCUCCAUGGGAAUACAAUCGUCAUCGAAGCAAGCCGGCCAAGCAAAGAUACGAUCCCAAAAACGUCACAUCUCCGAUCACUCGUUCAACGAGCCGUUCUACUGGGAGCACAUCAUCCGGGAAUUCGUGUUCAGAACGAUCUCACCGCCACCAACCGGCAACUAUCACCUCUAUAGACGUGUCUUGGAGGCGCCAUUUUACAACGGUCCUUUUCCAAUCGCCCCGAGCGACGCAACAAACGUUGUUCUCUCUCGUGGCGAUGUUUAUCACUUGCCAAGCGGCCACUGGCUCUUCUGCCAACAGGGAUGCACCGAAUGCGCCCUAUGCAACGAUCAUACCCACGCCACGAUCAAGUGGGUGCUUCGUAGAAUCAAGAGAAUCUCGUCGCACGGUGGCACGAGACACGAUCUUCAAGUGACGAUCGUGCCUCAGAUAGACGGCAGCUAUCACAUGAGGAGCUUGUGGCCCCAGUCGUACGUCUACGUGACGUCGCAGGGCGAGCAGGAUAUAUACUUGAACGACAAGCAUAAUUAUCGCAACGAUGCGAGCGCUUAUGCGACCGUCGAGAACGAUUCUUCGGGGGAGCAGAAGAAGAUUAAGCAGUUUUGGAUAUACGCCGAUAAAAAUUCGUUGCCCGAGAAACGAAUUGUCGUGGAGACGAGCGACAAUCGAGGCGACCACGUUUCCACCAAACGUGUUCCAGAAAACGUCACCAGGGGACAGAGUGUGGAGAGCACGAGCGCGAUGCCCAGGAAAGAGGACGAGGAGAGGAUUGAUCUGAAGAACGUUAAGAGGCAACGGUCGGAAACGAUUGGAACGCAGCAAAGUUCGAAUGGCUCUUCGACGGAUGUUAGAUCGAAGGAAAAUGGAGGCAGGACGAAGCAAUUGAUACCCAGGUUGAUACUUGGAACUGAUCAGAUGGGACAGAAACACUUGGUUCACGUGGUACCAGCCGAUGCAACCACCAAUACGAGUUUGAUAAACUCUGUGAUGUCCAAUGUUUUGAACUCGUCUGGUCAGAAUAGGACUGCCUAUCAGCGAAUAUUGCGUAGGAUAUUGGAUUCUUUGAAUAAUAAUAGACGGUCUAUUGAAAGAUUCCUUGAACUUCCAAUGAUGUCAACAGAGAAAUCGAAUCAACAAAAUGAACACCAGGAACAAGAAACGAGAAGUAAUGUUCCAGGAUUGCAAGGACAAGCAAAUCAUCCUUAUACAAUUCACAAUAAUAGGAAUGAGUCUUCGUUUCAGAAACGAUGGCCUUAUACUUUAAAUUGGAAUAAACAACGUAGGAUGUCUAACAAUGAUACAUUUGUUAAUAAUUUUAUAAACAAUACUCACAAUAUUGGUCAUAAUUUCAAUAACACUUACAUUCUAUUUCCUAAGGUACAGAAUAACGAUGCAGUAAGUAAGACUGCAUCUAAUAAUCUUCCUUCUAAAUUAAUCGAAGAUAAUUAUAAAAACAAUACGAUUCAUCGUAACUUCAAGAUGAAUAAUAUUACACGAAAUAACCAAGAAUAUAACAAUAGCGUAUUUUUACCUCGUAAAUAUAAAAUAUUAGUAACUACCGACUCAACUACAAAAUCUGACGAAAUCAUGGAUCAUUUACAACCAAAGUAAUUAUAUAAUUUCUGCGGAUUGAAAUAUUUAAUCGAAUAGCAGAAGUUCGAUACCUGUUAAUUUAAAAAGAAAUUCAAUUUAAUACUCUAACCAAUGCCAUUGUA